GCGGCUGGAAGUGACGCUGGCGGAUGUUGUGGAAGGUGAGCCGGGAGGCGGAAGCGAAGCUGACCCGGCGCAGUCCGGCCACCAAGAUGGCGUCGGCCGGGAAGCGGACCGUGAAGCAGGACGAGCUGCGCCGGCUCAUGAAGUCGGAGAAGCAGCGGCUGAGCGCCAGCCGCAAGCGGGUGGAGUCCCCCUUCGCCAAGUACAACCGUUUGGGGCAGCUGAGCUGCUCGCUGUGUGGCGUCCCCGUGAAAAGCGAGCUGCUGUGGCCCACCCACGUCCUGGGGAAGCAGCACAAGGAGAAGGUGGCGCUGCUCAAGGGCCCCAAGGAGGCCGGGCCGGGCCCCGCGGCACCAACGCCGCCGGCCAAGAGGAGCGGCCCCGAGCCGGAGGACCCGGCAGACGCCAAGAGAGCGCGAGCAGCGGGGCCUCAAGCCUCGGCCGCCGGGCUGCCCGGGGACUUCUUUGACGCCGGCGCGAAGGAGGCGCCCCGGAAAGCUGCCGCGCUCAGUUUGCUCCCCGACUACGGAGAUGACGACGAGGAGGAGGAGGAGGAGGGGGGGGCGGAGGAGCCAAGGACGAGCGAGGCCGGAGAAGCCCCCGCAGCCAGCGCGCUGCCCCCCGACUUCUUUGACCAGGACGCCCCCGCGGCCCCGCUCGUUUUCCACUCGGGCUCCAUCCAGAAGGCCGAGGGCCCCGAGAAGGUGGUGGAGCGGCGCGAAAACACGGCAGAGGCGCUGCCCGAGGGCUUCUUCGACGACCCCGAGAUCGAUGCCCGGGUGCGCAAGGUGGACGCGCCCAAGGACCAGAUGGACAAAGAGUGGGACGAGUUUCAGAAGGCCAUGCGGCAGGUGAGCAGCGUGUCGGAGGCCAUCGUGGCCGAGGAGGAUGAGGAGGGGCGACUGGACCGGCAGAUCGGCGAGAUUGACGAGCAGAUCGAGUGCUACCGGCGCGUGGAGCUCCUGCGGGACCGGCAGGACCGGCUGCGGAGCCAGCUGCAGCAGGCGCUGCGCCGCCGGGGCCCGCCGGGCCGAGAGGACGAGAAGCCGGGCAGCGACGACGAGGGCGAGCUGCAGGACUUGCUCUCGCAGGACUGGAGGGUGAAGGGGGCCCUCCUGUAGCCCCGGGGGUCUGGGCCCACACGCAGCAGCUAUUUUGUAUUGUAAAUGUUGUACAAAGCGAAAUAUAUUUGUUAUUGGCCGUUUCUGAUAUUCCCAGGCUCCGGUUCCUGUGGCAGAACUAGCCAUUGAGGGUCAGUGUCGGAAGGCAGACACGCUUUGUCCAGGGCUCCACCUUUCCCCUUGUCUGACGGUUUCAAAGACGGUGACAAGAGUACAGGCAGUGUCAGAAACAUUAGUUCAUUGUUCUCUGUCCCUCUGACAGUGACACUGGAGGAAACGGCCCAAACAGUGCAAGCUUCCGUUUAAAAAUGUCGAGGGGGAUCUAGGGGACACAGUGGAUGAGCCCAAACUCUGGAGUCAGGAAGACCUGAGGUCCAAUACAGAUAGCUUCACACUUUUUGACACUUAACUGUGUGACUCUGGGCAAGUCUUUACACCCUGAUUAUCCACAUACACCCCCCCCCCAAAAAAAAAAAA